GGCGCUAGAGUUUCCGCCACGCACCGCGAAGUAAAUGGAGCGAUUCUGAGGGAGGCAGGAAGGGAACACGGAGAAGCUGAAGAGGAACAUUCUGAGACAUACGUAGCAAGUUCUUUAAGCUACCGCUGCUUGUCGGGGUGGAAUAUCGCACAUAACCCGGAGCUCGUUCCCCACUGAGCUGCCCGAGGUGGCAGGAUUGUCCAGAAACAUGCCGCACGAGUUCACGAAUACAGCCUUUACUGCAAAACCCAUCAAAACUGUGAAACCACAAGGUUCAUCAGAUGUAUCAUCUGACUCUGGCCCUGCAAACACUCUGGGCAAAGGUUCCCCAGGAGAAAAAGGUGCCCCAUUGCUGCUGCUGCUGCGUGGAGAGCUGCUGGCCAUGCUGCGCACUUACCCGGAGGGCUUGGAGCUGGGGAAGUUGCGCAAAAAGUACAAAGCGCUGUAUGGCCACUCGCUAAACCUUCCUAAAUAUGGCCUGAAAGGCCUGCAGGAGCUGCUGGAGGCGCUGGGGGACUUGGUGUAUGUGGAGCAUGUCGACAACAAGAACAUGGUGAAAGUGACCAACCAGGGAAACUGGCAGCAUACAGGGAUGGAGAAGGUGCGCUCUGAGGUUAUAGACCUCUUGAAGGAGUGUCCAGACGGCAUCCCACUGAAAGCUCUGGCAGCGGCCUACAACAAGAAAUACAAGAGGAACCUCUCUGUCUCGGACCUUGGCUUUCGUUCUAUGGCCAGUUUCGUUCUGUCCCUCCAGGACGAGCUGCAUGUGCAGAAGGAGGUUGUCUUUCACAAGGCGUGCAAGACCCACCCAGUCCAAGGGGUGUCCGCUAACAAGGAUGGAGCAGGUGCUGGCUUGGCGUCACCCGUAUGCCACCCAUCAUCCUCUGUCCAGCAGGAGCAAUGUUUGAGUAACACCCCACCCCCUCCAUUGACUUGUCCCAAUAUAGCCCCAACCUCCAUGCCUAUAGGUUCAUUUAAAACCAUUCCCCUCCACUUUUUGGGUCAGCCUCUGCUGCAGCCACUUGUGCCUCUGUAUGUCAGACAUCCUUUGGCAGUGCCUGCAGCCACUGGACAAGCGGCUGGCACCAUUGCUGCUCCGGCGGAAUCCCCGGGGGCUUCCAACCUGCAAUCAGAUCUGGGACAGAGGCCUUCGGUGGCCGACAACAAGAAACAGAAGGAGGAGAGGAGUUGUGUAGUGUUUAAGGACGCCUACCAUGCCCAGCUGAGGGAAGUGCACUCGGCCAAUGUGCGAGCCGUGGAGGCACGGGAGGACAGGGUCAGGAGGAAGAGGGGGCUGCCCGAUGUAAUGGAGGUGAACAGCCGCGCAGAGGAGUUCAUCCGGCACAUUGCAGCCCAGGGAGAACACGUCACUCGUGAAAAGGUAAUAUCCAAACUGUGUGAAUUUUACCAAGUUCAGUCCCUAAACCCCAUUGAUGAGCGGCAGGAUCUACCCGCUUUAAGUGAUUUUUUGCGUUUGAUGCGAGAAGUCAACAUGUUCCUAGCGGCCUUUGAGGCAGUGAGCGCCGUUUGCACCCUCUAUGAGCUUGGCCUGGCCCUGGCGGGGCUCAAGAACAAGAAACGAUUCGAGGAGCUCAACCUCGGCCCACUCUGCAAAAUCCCACGCAUCCACAGGAUGUUCAAAGUGGACAGCUCCAUGAGGGAUGAAGACAUACGCACCAUCGAGACCGUGGACAUAUUAAGGAGCCUGAGAGUUUUCAGGAAACGAUUCUCAAGACAAAAAGUGGAUCUGGCGGAGUUCUUGAAAUACCUGGCAGACCAGUACAACUGCGAGUCGCCCUAUGAGCUUGGGAUCAGGAUCCAGGGCCUCGGACUUCCCAUUUCAACUCUGCAGAAAGCAAUAAACACUGAGCAUUCGAUGAUGGACAAAGCCAGAGCCACCAUACAGAAGGAGAUUGAGGAGGAGGUUGCGGACAGAAUGAAGAAGAUCAAGAAGACCCUCCUUGACCCUACAUACGCUGCCGUUCCGUUCUCCUCAGCCGGCAGCCUGGAACUCAGGAAGAAGUACGUCUCCCAAACAGCCGCUGAAGCCGUGCUGGCAGUCUUCAACAACGCCGAGGGAGUGUUCAACGCCAGGAUGACCAAGCACGUUAAGGAUUUCCUUCUGCGGGUGUCAGGUGACCGGCUAGCUACAGCCCUUUUCCAGCUGGCCAUCUGCUGCGGGUCCCUGGAGGUCCCCCAGGACCUGGUGGCAAAGGAAAAGCCUUGUAAGCCAUCAAAGCAGGCAAAGAACGAGGAGGAACACUCCAUACUGCCCCCUAGUGAAGCUGCUAUAAAGCAGUACUUCCAGGAAAGGUUAGAGACAUCCUCUGGUGGGCUCACCUUGCCCAUCAUGUCCAAACUGGAGAAGAAACUGGUGGACAACUUCCAGGUCAAAGAGUUCACGCAGAUGAAACAGGGUACCUUCCUAGAGUUCCUUGUGAAGCACAAUCAGAUUUUGCAGGAAGCUGGUGGGAGGAGCAUUGCCCUCAGCAGUCAGGAAAAUGCAGCAUGUGGCUUCAGACCCAGCAGGCAGGAUAUAUUUGAGUUCAUCAAACAGUGCGGUUCAGAGGACCAAGACAGGAUCCAGUCCGUUGAACAAGCUCUGAGGAGUCACUACAAGAUCCAGGACAGUCGGGAGCUGGGAUAUGGGCAGCUGUCUGCUCUCGUCGACAAGGUCCGAUGGCAGAAGGGGCUGAGCAACAACGCUGACUGGAGCCCAGUCCGCUACGAGUCUGCUCUCUUCGUCAGAGACUCCAAGGCUGGUUUGGUGGAAGCAGUUGGGCUCCUAGGACAGGUCACUGUGGAGCAGGCCGUGUCCAGCCUGCUGUCGGCACCCCUGCUGGAGGACCUGGCAGAGUGGUCCCAGUGGGAGCUGGUUUUCCAGGAACAGCACGGCCUCCUAAAGCACUUCAUUGAGAAGCAAUCUGCCACACACAUGGAGCUAGCAGCACUGGAGGUGAGACCUGGUGUGUUGCUGAGGAUCACCCCUUCCACUGGUGACCGCUUCUUUGCAGAGGCCGCCGCAGCCUUGGACCCCGUGAGCACCGCGGGGCACCUGGUCUCCAUUGCGGUGGCGGAUGGCAUAACCAACUCCCCCGUGGCCCUGCUGGCCAAUCACAUGGAGAGCUCUCUGGCUGCGGCCGUCACACAGGAAGGUGUUCUGCAGGCAGAAGAUACUGACUCAUUCCAGACCGUUGCGAAGUUUGUCCUUGACUGUAUGUUGCGAAUACCGACGAGAAUUGGCAAAGCCCUUUUGCCUCAGGUGUUCUUGGAGCCCCUUGCGAGGGUGCUGGGCCAGGCCAAGUCCAAGGCUGCUCUUCUGCAAGCAGCCAAGUCGGACCUGCGGUAUCAGAACCGGCUCCAUCACGUGGGCCUUCUGCUGGGGGUGACUGAAUGGCAGAAAGAUUUCCAUGGCAGGAUGAGCCUGCCGCAGCUGCGGCCCAUCCCUUCGCUCAUCAAGAAGCUCAGAGCGGCUGACUCCAUAUCCGUGAGCAGCAGGUCAUCGUCUGUCAGCUUCAAUGAAGAUGACGAGUUACUGCCAGAUGCGGGGCAAGAGCUGGAAUCUCUUUCCCAGUCUUCAUCCAUGAGCCCAUCCGAUGAGGACGAGGACACUGAAGAGAAAUUUGAGCUAGCGUCUGCGCACAGCGGAAAGACACAUUCUUCCAGCGAAAACCUUGAGGACACUGACCACGGGGUGGACACAGAAGAGUCAGCGAUGAAUAGGCAAGACAGCACGGACCCAGCAGAAGACAAAGAGGAGAGCAAACUGUGCCAGUACAAGGCUGUCAUUGAAAGCAUUAGGAAAAGUGAGUUUGGCAUUGGCGUGGAGCUGAAUGAAGAGGUUCAGCAGCUCAUGAAGGUCCACCAGGAACGGCUGGGCCGCAGUUUGGACCGCCUGUCUGCAGAGCUCUACAGCAAGGACACGCACUUUGUGUUAGAGCUUAUACAGAACGCAGAUGACAACAGUUACCCUGGUGGAGAUGUCCAGCCGGCCCUGACAUUUGUGGUGGAAAAGGACUGUAUCACUAUUCUCAACAAUGAGAGAGGCUUUGAGGAGAAAAACAUCCGUGCUAUCUGUGACGUGGGCCGCAGCACCAAGGGGAAGCACAAGUAUGGCUAUAUAGGUCAAAAGGGCAUUGGUUUCAAGUCCGUGUUCAAGGUGACUGACUGUCCCGAGAUUCAUUCCAACGGCUUCCACAUCCGCUUUGAUAAAAACAGCAGUCCCAUGGGUUACAUCUUACCUCACUGGGUUGACGAGGAGAAGCCACUGGACACCAACGUGGCAGAGCUGCGGAAACAGAGCUGGACAACGAAAAUAUUCCUGCCUCUUCGGUCAGAGAGCUACCAGGCAAAGAACCUCUUCCAUGAUGUCGACCCGUCCCUGUUGCUGUUUCUGCACCGACUGCGCUCCAUUACCAUUUUUAACCAGAUGGAGGGCCGCUUGGUGUCAAUGGCUCGUAGAGACCUGAGCCACAACGUGUUGGAGGUUCGGCACACGAACGGUGUCGAGCGCUGGCUGGUGGUCAGGCGGAGGCUCUUCCCAAAGAAGGCCAAAGACGGAGUGGAGUCCACAGAGCUAGCGCUGGCAUUCCGACUCAAUGAGGCCUGUGAGGGGGUGUUCCAGCCCGAGAAGCAGCCCGUCUUUGCCUUCCUGCCCCUGCGCAGCUUUGGCUUCCGCUUCAUCAUCCAAGGGGACUUCGACAUCCCGUCCUCCAGGGAGGACGUGGACCGCGACAGUCACUGGAACCAAUGGCUGCGCUCAGAAAUCCCUCAGCUCUUCCUUCACGCCAUGGAUGUAUUUCAGGAGCACCCAGAAUUCAGCGGUCUGCAGGGCCUCUGUCAUUUCCUGCAGUUCAUCCCUCUUCCCAGUGAGAUCCUGGAUUUCUUUAAUCCGGUGGCGAGUCAGAUCAUACAGCUGCUGAAAGGGAAAGCCUGUCUGCCGACCAGGGAGCGCAAAGACGGCCUGGUGGAAUUCAAGCUGCCCUCACAGAUCGCCAUCUCUCCGGACCCGCUCAUCCAGGAGGUGAUCAGGGACGAUCUGCUGCACAGACACCUGAAUCUGUCCUACCUGCACCCUACCGUGCAGUCUUCCCUGCCCCCCUCUUUGGUGUCUGCCCUGGGUGUGCAUCGCCUGAAGGGGUCUGACAUAUCCACAAUCACACGUGCCAUGGCUAAGGAACUUGUCCAGGAAAACGGCACCUGGUCAGAGUCCAGCCUGAAGAGAGUUGCCAGCCUCUUGGUGUGUAAUUUCCGUGCCCUGGAGCAAGAUUAUGAUGAGGCAGAUGCUGUGCUUCAGGCACUCAGAGACAUUCCCAUAAUCCCACUGGCUGAUGGUCGCUUGGUGGCCUUGAACAGCGAGGGCGUCUUUUUCCCCCUCAUGGAUGAAAAGAACGCCCACUCUGGCCUGGAAGCUCUUUGCAAAGACCUGUCCACCGUGUCCCCACGCCUGCUCGAGUGCUUGGACCCCUUGGGGAACUCGCGGGUCUUGGAACUGCUGAAGAGGCUGGACGUGCAUGAGCUUGAGCCUCAGAAAGUGCUGAAUGAGCACAUCUACCCCAUCCUGCGGAGCGGAGGUUGGAAGAGAAAACACGACGACAUUGUCAUUAGCUACAUAGUGUUCAUCAAGCAGCAUUCCCAAGACCAGGACUACAGGACCUUGGAUGGCAUGAUUCCUGUAAUGACCAACAAGGGCUUUCUGUACCCUAAGGAGAGCAAGGUGCAGUUCUCCAUGGAAUACGACAACAUCGACCUCUGCACCCAGCUUCCUGGUGUGGAUUGGGUCAUGCUGCACACCUGCUACCUGAUGUCCGACAGAGAUGUCAGUGGCUGGAGGGAGUUUUUCAGCAUCUUGGGUGUGCGCGACCUGCUCAUCUUCAAAAAGGAGAAGCUUUCAAUGUCUACAAAAGAUCUGUCCUCCAGCCUAUGGGCCCAGGAGAGCAAGCUGUGGCCCCAGCAAGGGGGUGGCGUCUACGUCAUAGAGGAUUACCAGUGCGAGGAGCUCCGCUCCCUCCUCAUGACUGACCAGCUCUCCGAGCAGCAGAAACUGGGGCAGAGGAAGCAGCUGCUGAACUUGUUGAACAGCAACUGGGUGACCGGGGAAAAUUACUCUCAGUACCUAAAAGCACGGGUGGUAGACAGCCAGGGCCAGCAACUGAGAGAGGCCCAUUCCUCCUUCUUCCAUUACCUCACGCAGCUCCCUUGGGUGCCUGCCUUCCAGAAUCACCCAGGGGGGGCUGAUGGGCCAUCUAUAAACUACUUGUGUCCAAGUUCUGUCCACCUAUACUCUGAUGACCUGUAUAGGCUCUUGGGACACCAUGUCACUUAUGUACCCGAUGUGAGCCCCAGCGAAUUCACCAUUUCAGUUGGUAUGAAGCAUACAGUGUCCGUGGAAGAUCUCAUUUCCCAUCUGAAGAAGUGGUGCAUGAGGAGCCCUGACAACAACUGUGAAGAGGAUGAGGGUGCAGAAUUCACGACCACGGUGGAGCAUGUGCACAGUGUAUACACUUACCUGUCUGACCACCUCAAUGGGAUCCAUCUGAAGAAGUUGUUCCAGGAGAUGCCAGCGGUCUUCAUUGAGUACAAGCGGAUGGAUGAAUUGUGCUCAGGGAAGUUCUACCUGUUGAAAGAGGUAUGCUGGAAUGACCCCACAGGGAUGUUCCGGAGGUACAGGGACCAGCUCCGUCAGACGCAGCAAGCCGAGCCAAAGAUGCUGGCCCCCUUCUACGGCAGCUUAAACUCCAUGAGAGAAUUCUUCCAUCAGUCCUUGAAUGUGGAUCCAAACCCUUCUAUGAAGCAGUAUGUGGACCUUCUUGAACUCAUGUGUAGCUCAGGGUUACCCACCGGGGAGCUUCUGCAGGAUGUCUUCGUCAUUUUUGCUAAGUUAGCUGACAAAUGCAGAAUACAACAAUGUGGAGAGCAGGAACAUGACCGCCAGGUGGACCACAAUUACACCAAACCCCUAAAGGAAAUGCUGGCUGACAAGAAGGUGUUCCCAACGAAGCGAAAUGGCUGGGUUAAAUUGGCGCAGGGGCCCCUGAUCCCUGACAUUAAGAAUCUGGAGAAAGUGUUUGAAUCUCACGAGCAGGUGUGUCUGCUCAACCUGCCCGCUGCUGACAAGAAGCCCCUUUCCAAGACCAGCGCUAGCCAAGUUCAUCACAGGCCGGUGAAGUUCAGCGAGACGGACAGGGCCCUGUUCCUGGAGAUCUGCGGGGUGAAGAAGCUCUCGCAGUGCGUCACCGCCGAGGCCCAGACUGAGAACUACCGGCCCUGCCCCCCCAUGCAGGCGCAGGUGCGGCGCCUCAUCCCCUACAUCCAGAGGUUCCUGUAUUACCACGAGCCCAGCACCUAUAUGGAGCUGCAGGACAGCAGCAUUUCCCAGCUGGUGAAAGGCCUCUCAUUUGGACAGGUUGGAAAACUCUACAUCCAAUACCAGCUCAACCUGCCGGACCAGGAUCCCGUUUUUGAAAAAGAAGAUGUCUUCUGUCUUCUGAAAGAUCGGCGGGAGCUGUACAUCCAGAAGGACCACCUGUCAGAUAAACUCGAGGUCUGCAGGGAGCUGGAAAAGCUCUUCAGCACCAACAACACUGCUUCUAAAGACCUGGAGCGCUUCCUGCGUAGCCUCAUCUCCUGUCUGGAUGAUGCUGCUUCCUUGAAGAGAUUUCUGAACAGAGAGGACAUUAAAGAGCUGCCUGCUGAGGAGGAGAAAUGGGAGGUUCCAGAACCCAUGGAGAUUAAACCUGAACUACCAGUGUUUAAUGACCCCAAGUUCAGCCGCGUACCCAGUGUUGUGGAGGAGGAACGUAAAGCUGGGCAAGAAAAUGGAGAGAGCACCCUUCAGUGUUGGCCUCCUAGAGCUUCCCUUUACAACAACCCAGGAUCACGCUCAGACACAGGGCCAGUGAUAGAGGCGGUGAUGAAGAUGUGGCCCCCACCAGGCCCGCCACCCUCUACGGAUGGAGAUGGCUCACUGGGCCACAGAAACCGAGACCACAGAGAUGAACCUCCUUUACAAAGAGAGCAAAGUCAGCAACACCAGAUGUUUAAAUUGGACACCCCACACUCUGCAGACAAAAGUCAUGAGUCUGGAGUAAAAAUGGGCCAGUCCGCUAACAGUCAGUCAGAGGAAGACAGUACAAGAUGCAAUGUGGACACAAAGCCCAAAGUGGAAAACCCUGAGUCCAACAAACCCACCCAGGACACUGCUGCUCCAGACACGGAGACACCUCACUCUUCCGAAAAUGUGUCCAAAGGUGUGUCACAAGCAGAGCAAAGACAAUUCUCCAGGCCAUUCCAGGGGAAUGGAAGUGUUCAGCGUGCUCCUAUGGCACUGGACAGCCCAGUCUGGUCAAAGGAAUUGCCUCCACAUGCCGUUAUGGAAGACCUGGUGUUGGACUGCUUGCGGCCCAACACUGUGGUUUUCACCGAGGACAAUGGGGACACUGUGCAGAUCGGGCAGUGGGGCGAGCAGUUGGUCAACGCCUUCCUCAUGCACUGGAAAGACACUGGGGGCCCUGAUGCCCCCAGGGACAUUGUUUGGUACAACUGUGAUGGUGAGGGUGGGCAACCAUUCGACUUUAAGGUCAUAUUCGCCACAGAGGAGGCUGGUGAAUACGAGGUCUUUGUUGAAGUCAAGUCCACCAUCAGGUCGGAGAAGCAUUUCAUUCAUCUUUCCGCGAACGAGCUGGACCUGGCCCUGAGGGAAAAGGAGAAGUACCACAUAUAUCGAGUCUAUAAUGCUGGCAACUGCGAGAGAGUCCGUCUUUGUCGCAUAAAAAACCUGGCUCAACAUCUGCAUUCCAAAGAGCUGGAGCUCUAUCUCUUUGUGUAGAAAUGUUUAGUGUAUUGCGCCAUAGCAUUGUUUUUACAAUUCGGAGUUUAAGUGAAAGCUUUUUAAAACAAACUUCUAAAGGUUCUCUCAGAAGUUAUGAAAUUGUUAAGUAGACAUGUUCUUUUCAAAAUUGUCAGUGAAUUACUGCAGGACCAAAUGUUUUCUUUCAUAUUUUUUAUUUCCUGUUUUUCAGUGUACUUGUUUUAUAUAAGAAGAAUGUUUGAUUUUACCUUGUUAGAGUUGUAGCUAAAGGUAUUUUACUUCAUGUAGUGUCUAAUGCACAGUGAACAACUAAAGACCAUAAGAAAAUGCAGAAGUAUUUUAGGCCAGUUUUUUUAAUACAUAUAUAUAUGGAAGAUGCUUAUGAACAAAUGAAAUCCUAAUAGCAGUCUCACCGUCAUUACAAAAUCUCUUCCCACGGUGAUGUAUUGUAUUGUUGUCAUGACUCUUCAUUAAAUAUUUGAUAAUGCACAAAAUGAGUGGCUGUUGAUU